GGAGAGGAUUAUCCUCCUGUUUGGCACCUCGAAGAAAGGCCAUCCGUCGCCAUGACCGUCGAAGAAAGCGCACACUACCCGAUUCAUGGCCUCGAUGCCGCUGAGGAAUGGGCGACGAGCUCGCCCAAGGGUUUUGGAUAUAUCAGGCUUGGGGACGAGCAUCGCGCGUUUGCGAUAUCGAUGUUCCACCAGUUUCACUGUAUCCGUUUGAUGCGGUCCGCGCUAGAUGGAGACUACAGGCCGGUCAUUCAGGCUCACGUGGAACAUUGCUUGAAUUAUAUUCGGCAAAUGAUUCUGUGCAGUCCUGAUUUGACGUUGGAGCCUCCGGAUGUUCUGACGCGCGACUUCGAGGUGGAGAGGACGGGGGCAACACAUGUCUGCGAAGACUGGGGUCAGGUCUAUGAGGAGAUGGAGAAGAAUUGGGCGGAGUGGACAGACAUUCGAGUCGGUUUCCGUAACACGACCGUCUUCGGCUACGAUUCGUACGAUCUGUAA